ACGCCGCCGUAUCCUGGAGCGGAAGUGAGCGGGGCGAAGGGCGGAACCGCCCCUCGGCUGCGCCGCCAUGCAGGAGGGCGUGCGGCUGCGCGCGGGUGCCUCCAAGGGGGACAUCCGGGAGAAGGUGUGGGAUUACCUGGAGGCCAGCGGUCUGGCUGAGUUCCCACGGCCCGUGCAUCACCGCAUCCCUAAUUUCAAGGGGUCUCAUCAGGCUUGCUGCUCUAUUAAAGAGCUUGAUUUGUUCAACAGAGCAAGUGAAAUCAAAGUGGACCCAGACAAACCUUUGGAAGGCGUUCGGCUAGCUGCGCUGCAGGCAAGGAAAACUCUGUUGGUUCCGACACCACGUCUGAGGAGUGGGCUGUUCAAUAAGAUUGUUCCACCUCCAGGUGCAGCUAAGGAAACACUGCGGAUAUGUGCUACAUCUCAGGGCAUAAAAGAGUACAGUGUGCCUGUAGGUCUCGAUGGGAAAGCACGAGUGGACUUGGUUGUUGUAGGAUCAGUGGCUGUCUCUGAAAAAGGUUGGAGAAUUGGAAAAGGAGAAGGUUAUGCAGACAUGGAAUAUGCAAUGAUGGUGUCAAUGGGAGCAGUGACAGAGGACACACCUGUAAUUACUAUUGUGCAUGACUGCCAGGUAGUUGACAUAGCAGAAGAGCUCCUUGGUGACCACGAUUUAACUGUCGAUUACAUACUCACACCAACAAGAACUAUCAAGACUAAUUGCAAACGACCAAAACCACGUGGAAUACUAUGGCAUAAGGUCAGCUGUGAGAUGCUGGGAAAAAUCCCCAUCCUUAAGAGUCUUCGGUACAGGGAGAAGCAGGCAGGCAAGGAUGUCACCCUCCAAGAUGAACAACCAGACUUGGCAAAAGGCAGCAAGUCAGCAGCGUUAAAUGAGAAGGCAAUGGCUGGAAAAACAAGACCACAGGCUUCAAUGGGCUCAGCUCAAACAGGACAACAGUGUCGGAGAUGGAGAGCUGCCUGUUUAGACUGCGCUCACUGGCUUGAGGAAUAUGUGGCGUCCACGGUAUGCAGUGGUUCUGUUUUUCCAGGUUUGGUGGCGUGGGGUAAGGGGAACCGAAGGGAGGGAGGGAAAUGAAUCACAGAAACCUUUGUUGGGGACCAGAUAUCAAACCCUGCUCGGGUGGAUUGCGAGGUGUCUGCCUGCCCUUCCCAACCCUGCAGACAGCAAGCUGUGAGCAGAUCGAUAAGGUGCCCAAGUCCAAAGUGAAUCUGAAGGAUGAGAAAGAAUCUUAGAAGCGAUAGUGAGAUAUCAAGGAAGGAAGAACCACUUGGCAGGGACUGAACUCCUAACCCUGAGCCUUUAUCUCGGCCACACCUAGCGCAGAUAUGUGCGUCAGGAGUCGAACCCCAGCCUUCAGCUCGCACAUGGAGAUGGUAACAGCGUGGCUCAACUCCAGCAGGGAUGGCCAACACACGACGGAGAGAAGGAUUGGUCCACAGAGGCACAAAAACAGGGGAACCCCAAUAAGGAUUGCAAGUUGAGCGCCGCUCCCUUAAUCAUAACCACCCUUGGAAAAAAAAAAACACCCCCAAAUUAAUUAAACUUCCCAGAGAAAGGCCUCCAGUAACUCAUCAAACCCUUCCCACCUGCCUUAAUUAGAAAGCUUUUGUGUGUGCGUGCGGCUAACUUUGCUUUUAAUUAAACUCAUUACACAAUGCCCGGCUGAUCAGUGCGCCGUAACCUAAUUUGCCUGGAUGAAGGUGGACAUACACAACUGAGCAAUCAAAGUAAUUUGUAUACAUCUACUUCCACACAUGUGCUGUCGGUAGCAUGCACUGAUACGGGGCGCCUUGGCCUACGGAGGUGGUUGAAGCAGAAUGUCUGGAGUUGGGCACAUCCUCCAACAAAUAAACCUGAACCCUUUGCAGUAAGUUGAGUGCUCGGCCCAUGGAUUUGUGCCUGGGUUUAGGUGAACGCCAGCCCCCCGUUACCUGCUUUGAUUUUAUAUGUUUUAUAUCUUCUAUGGCGAGGAAAGGACGCAGAAAGCUGCCCUGGGCUCCAUAGGGUCCAGCUGGGAGGAGGAGAAGAGGAAGAGCUGAGGGCUGUGACCCUACUAAGAGGCUCAGAGCCAUCGCCUUUCACUUUUUCCUUGGGCAAAACCAUAAAAAGAUACAGACGACAAAGAAGAAAAAGAAAAGAUAUAAUAAUCACCUCCAGCUUUCCUCCCUGCUCGCUCCAUCUCAAACAGGGAAACUCCGAGACCCGCCGAGCGGCGCAGCCAAAACCAAGAGAAGCCCUUUCAAGCCUUCACCAAAAAGGGACUUUUUUUUUCUGGUGCCCCAAACACAGGGAGCCCACAGACUCCUCAGAUAGAACUCGGCGUCUCACACCGCAUUGCUCGUUUAUUUGCUGCUCAUACAGUCGUGAAGCCCACAUACAAAGACCAUACAUGUUUUAUUUCGGUUCGAUUCUUUUUUUUCCCCUCUCUCUUUUUUUUUUUUUUUUUUCCUCUAGGGACAAAACGUACACAAAAGGGCAAAAAAAAAAAAAAAAAAAAAAAAAAAAAAAAAAAUCCAAAAUAAUAAAAUAGAACACAAAACCAACCACAUCAUUACAGUUUUAUACAGUGCAGAAAGGAAUUAAAAUAGGUGACACCGAACUGUACAAAGUCAGGGCAAAAAAAAAAAAAAAAAAUAGAUGGGGAACAGAGGGGGGGGGAAUAAUCCUUCAUUAUAUAUAUAUUUCUAUAAAAACAUAUGGAGGAUUGUCUUUACACAGAGACCAGGGUGUUUAAAAUUUACAGAGGUUAACUAAAAAAACAACAACAACAAAACCCAACAUCUAUAUGGCAAAUAUUGCCAACAGAGCUCCACCGCUUUAAUACUGAUCAACUGAGACUCCUCGUGUCUCCAUUAUUAGCAACGACGACGACAAUGUAGAAUAAAUAACAGAAGGAGCGUGGCUGUCUCUUUUCAAAGUGCCUUUUUCUCUCUGCAUAGGGUCCGGUCCUGCAGUCUUUACGCAGGUCAAAAAAAAAAUAAAAAAUUAAAAAAAAAAAAAUAAAAAA